AAUACUUCCACUUCACAUAAUCAUGUUCGAAGCUUUUCUUCCCACUCAUUUUUUCCUCAAACCUGCAUAUCAAAAGAUUCCUAGAAGAAACCAAUCAUGAUGCAUUGUGUAAAACCAUCAACUGCUGAUGAUCGCCGUGAGAACAUUUUAAGAAGAGCGAAACCUCGAAGGCAUGGUGAUCGAAAAUUGACUCCAAGAGAGGUUAAUGAGAUGCGCUCCUCGUUCUGGCGUAGCGCUCCACAAACUUAUGGGGGACAACCAGCCAUUUGGAGAGCCCUUGAAGACGCGGCUGCGUGUAAAGAUAACUUAUACUAUGCACAAGCAAUCAUUGAUACUUACAUGAUUAGGCUCGAGAAACCUGACAUGACAGUAUGCUAUGAUGACAGUGGUCAUAGAUACGAAUUGCCGUUGUAUGUUUUGGUUGAUCCAACAAAUAUGGUCUAUGGCAACGGAAAUAUAAUUGAACGCAUUCGUCAACACAGGAGGUAGGACAAUGGAGAUCCAUGCAUGUUGAUGAAUAAUGGAAUAUGUACAGGAUACGCACCCUAUUAAGCUAGUCAAAAUUACCGUUGUCAUAUGAAUGAAUGAUAUAUACGCUAUGUUAAAAAUA